AUGACAGACAAAAUCAUACAGCCGUCUGUUUCGUCCCUUUCAAGUCUUCCCGUGGACUCUAGUCCCGGUUUUGGGUAUAAUCCAGCCGUGGGACCAAGCUCCAAUGCUAUAACACCCGAAUCAUCCAAUAUUAUUCUCAAUAAAAAGACCAUUAGCCUCACACCUACUUCCCUCAAUUCCAUAUACGAUCGUAAUCUCAAUCGAAAAUCAGCCGAAAUCAACUUGUCGGCGUUGUCGUUCUUGUUCUGUGAGAUAGUCAGCUGGGCUCAUAGACAAUCAAAGGGUAUACUGGAUUUGGAACUGAGACUCAACGGCUUGGGGUAUCAAGUGGGUCAACGAUAUUUGGAGUUGGUAAAAGUAAGAGAAGGGUUCAAGUAUGGCAAAAGAGAAAUUAAGAUCAUAGAAAUGCUACAAUUUCUUCACCUGCCAAUGUGGAUUGCCAUGUUUGGUAAAUCUGCAAAUGAACUUGAAAAGUCUCAAGACUCUGACAACGAAUACAUGAUUACAGAUAACGUACCGUUGGUAUCGCAAUUCUUUGUCGUUCCAAAGGAUUAUGGUAAUUUAAACUGCUCAGCAUUCAUUGCUGGAAUCAUAGAGGGUGCUCUCGACUCUGCUUUUUUCAGUGCUACAGUUACGGCUCAUUCUGACCCUCAAGAUGGAUUUCCCUUAAGAACCGUGUUUGUUAUCAAAUUCGAAAAUUCGUGCAUUGAAAGGGAAUCAUUACGAUCCUAA